AUGAAUGGGGAUUCUCGUCCAAACGCAGAUGCCCUCGCCGGCACGCCGCAUUCCCUACGGGAUGCUCUGCGGGCAAACCAGCGGGGUACAAAUACACCAUCAGAUACCACCAGUACCACCAGCGAGGAGGACUACGACGAGAUCUCCAAGAGAGUAGACCCUUCCGCCCUCAGACGGAGACCAUCGCGCAAGGCUGCACCGCAGGUCGCCGAGAAUGGCAAGCUCAGCGCCAGCGAUGCCCGCCGGUACAUCCUCUCUGCAAACGAUGCCGAGCUGCAAGCCAUCUUGCAGCGCGGCCUCGACCGGGCACACCAGGAGGGCGACAAGAGCGUCCCGCAGAAGCGCCGUACCAAGUUCGGCGACCUGGUCUUCACGCGCACCUUUUCGGCGUUUGACCGGCAGAACGCCGACGCCGCCAACAGCCCCUUUCACGGCUUCUUCACCCUGUUCUGGAUCGGCGUCUUCCUCUUCGUGCUCAAGAUCGGCGCCAACAACUGGCGCCUGUGCGGCAACGUGCUCGGCACCAACGAGAUCAUGAAGACCAUGUUCCACCGCGACGUCGUCGUCCUGCUCGCCUCGGACGGCGCCAUGUGCGCCAUCACGGGCGUCAGCUGGCUGCUGCAGCGCUACCUCGUGCUCCCGGGCUAUGUCGACUGGAACGGCGCGGGCUGGAUCCUGCAGAACCUGUGGCAGGCGGCGUUCAUGGCCGGGGUCGUGGGCUGGACCAUGGUGCGCGACUGGCCCUGGUCGCACACCGUCUUCUUCGUGCUGCACGGCAUCGUCAUGCUCAUGAAGCAGCACUCGUACGCCUUCUACAACGGCCACCUGUCGACGCUGCGCCGGCAGCGCGCCGACCUGCUCGCCGUGCUGAAGCGGCUCGAGGGCGUGGCGCCGAUCGAGGGCACCUCGGCCACGGACCCGCCCGUCGAGUCGCUGUCGACGGACCACCUGGCGCUGCCGCCGUCGGCGGCGGGGAUGCAGGAGCGCCGCAGGUCAAUCACCACCACCCAGCAGCAGCAACAGCACGAGCAGCAGGCGCCGCAGGACCAGGCGAGCGACAUCGACCGGGUGGCCGAGGCGAUCCGCUCCGGCGAGCCGCUGGACGAGCAGCAGAUCCACGUGUUUGAGCGCAUCAUCAAGUGGGAGGUCGACGCGCUGCAGGACGAGCUGCGCGGCAAGGCGCUCACCCCCGGCAAGGCGUACCCGCACAACCUGACUUUCGCGAACCACUACGAGUACAUCGUGCUCCCCACGGUGGUGUACGAGCUCGAGUACCCGCGGUCCGAGUCGAUCAACUGGUUCUACGUGGUCGAGAAGAUGACGGCGACGUUUGGCAUCAUCUUUGUCAUGAUCAUGAUCUCGCAGGCCUUCAUCUACCCCGUGGUCAUGAAGACGGUCACGAUGAAGGAGAUGGGCAUGACGACGGCCGAGCGGUUCCGCGAGUUCCCCUGGAUGCUGAGCGAUCUGAUAUUCCCGUUCAUGAUGGAGUAUUUGCUCACUUGGUACCUGAUAUGGGAGACUAUUCUCAACUGGCUGGCCGAGUUGACUUAUUUCGCUGACCGGAGUUUCUACGAUGCCUGGUGGAACAGCGUGACAUGGGACCAAUUUGCUCGUGACUGGAACCGCAACCAAACCAGGCCCGUACACAACUUCCUGCUCCGGCAUGUCUACCAUAGUUCCAUCUCAGCCCUCAAAGUCAAGAGGUCAACCGCCACCCUCAUUACCUUUUUCUUGUCGGCGUGUGUCCACGAGUUGAUCAUGUGGUGCAUCUUCAAGAAGCUUCGGGGCUAUUUGCUCUUUUUGCAGAUGUGCCAGAUUCCGGUGAGUAUUGCUCUCUCCUACCAACUACGAUCUCUGUUCGUUUGGAUCGUUCACGCGACUGAUAUAUUCCGCCUCUCUCUAGCUGGUUGCACUGCAUCGUACCAAGUGGCUGCGCAACAAGAAGACGCUGGGCAAUAUCGCUUUCUGGUUUGGCCUCUUCAUGGGACCAAGUAUUCUAUGUAG